AAAAAAAUCAACCAAACAAUCAUCUCUAAAAAUAAAAAAAAAUGGAGCAAAAUAUGCCAAUCAUAGCAAAAAAAUUCUGGAGCGUAGUCCGAGUUCUCUACUUCAUGCUGAGAAAAGGCAUCUCCAAAGCCAAGCUAUUAUCCGAUCUCAGCACGAUGCUGAAGCGCGGCAAAAUCGCCGGAAAAGCCGCCAUCCACAACCUGAUUUUCCACCACGCCGCCGCGGACACCGCCGCCGCCGCCCGCCGCCGGGAUCCGAUAAACGAGUACGAGUUCAGCUGCAGCAGCAGCCCGGCCUUCACCUUCCCCUCCUUCCACCGCGGCAAGCCGCCGCAGAUCGACGCCGAGAUGCUGGCGGAGGCGCUCGAGGUGUUCAGCAGCGCCGCCGCGUCGCCCGCGCUGCCUGGGUUCGGGCCGAGCCCGAUGGUGCGGCAGCUGCGGAUAACGGACUCGCCUUUCCCCCUGUGCGACGCCGGCGAGGACAAUCACCACGUCGAUGAGGCGGCGGAGAGGUUUAUUGGGAAGUUUUACAGUGAUUUGAAGCGGCAGAGCUCCAAAUCGCGGUCGCCCUUCUCUUGAUUUGGGAUUUUAAUUAGGGUUUGUGUUUAUUGAUUUUUAAGAUUUCGUGCAUGGUGUUAUACAUGCAAUAAUGGGAAAGUAUUGGGAUAAAAAUGAAAACAAAAAGUGGAGUAUUGUUUUUUUGGUUAUGAAAAAUGGAGAAAACAAAAUUAAUUGCCCGACCUUAAAUCCUUUGGUCAACUGUUCCACCUUUCAAAGAUUCACGGAAACAAUUAAUUAUUGGGUCUGCUGAUGAAAAUCGUAGCCACACCAGAACUGAAAUUAAUCACUUGGGUGUCUUAGGGAAUCUUAAAAAUCCGUUUAUUCCACCUUUUGAGGAUCUUACAAAUCAUCGACAACAUUAAUCAUUGGGUCUGCUGACGGAAACCUUGACCGGACUAGAAAUGAGUAUUUACUAUUGUAAAAUGUGAAAGGAAAAAAGCAUUUUAGUUGGAGAAAAAUUUAGCAAAUGUUUGGAGAGAUGGAGGAGAAUCCUACCUACUCAUCUUUACUGAUAUUGUACAUUUUAUUUA